AUGGAUCCCUCUACAGUUUUUAGUAUUUUUCCUUUGAAAGACUUAACGGCAUCAAUUUCAAAUUCAGGAAGAAGCUUCGCUACAGAAGUGAUGAAUGUUAUUACUUUACAAUUUAUAUUACAGCAUACAAUGUCGAUUGCAAAAUCUUUCUUUUUAGAUCAAAUUAUUGAAUCUUUUAUAAAGCUACGAUCAUUUCAACAAGAAUAUAAGGGAAUAAUGACAAGAUACAAUUUUACUAUCCAAGAAGCUUUGUAUUUAAGAAACUUACCCUUUCAGAUAAUACAAAUAAAUAUAACUGGUUGUGAGUUAAUUCUUGGUGAACUUUUAGCACCUAUAUACGAAACGAUAGUAGAUAAACUUCUAAUUGAUUGUUUAGUCAGAUAUUAUGAGCUGGUUUAUGCUAAUAUUGAAUACACAUUUUAUUCUGAAUAUGGAAAGCAUGAUAAAAAAGAUCAUUUUAAUAUUUCACGACGUAAAAUACUUGAUGGAGCUGUACAAAAUGGCACGAAGUAUGUUGAAUUAUGGAGACCUUUGACUAAAAAGAUUUCACAUAAAAGUAUUAUACCAGUUCAACGAAUUGUAUGUCAAUUUAUGAAAGUAAAUUAUCACCCUCAAAAUAGUCAGAUAGACUCAAUAGCUGUAAUACCAUUAAAUAGAAGGUUUUCAAUCUAG